AUGAGUAGCAGUAAGGGAAGAAGAUGGAGUGAGGAUGACCAGAGGGCGUUCUUGAUUGGAUUGGAUAAUCUUGGGAAAGGAAACUGGACUGACAUUGCUAGAGAUUUUGUGCCAAGCAGGACACCAACACAAUACUUUGUCGAAAAGGGUUGUUCCAUUAAGGAAAAACAACAGCAAAGGCAAAGAACCUUUGAAUCAAACAACUCCAAUUUCAGGCUUUCAGCAAUGCCAAUCAACUAUGCCUAUGUUCCCAUGACAAAUUAUCAGUUUGCUGAUAUUGGUACAACUAAUUUUGUAUCAUCACCAACUAAUGCAACUCCAGUUUCGUCUCAAUCUAAUUGUGGGUCCGUGGAUAGUUUGGAUCUAACUCUCUAG